GCCCGUAAGCCUGCGCUCGCGAGUCAUCAGUGUCGGACACGUAGUGGGAACGAGCAGGUCCUGAUGCACAAGUCACGGCAACCCUGGGCGGAGAUGAAGGCGGACUCCGACUGGCUCUGAUUUUUAAAAGCCUUUUUCAUUCAGGAGGUUGGUUUCCAGUUGUUAUCAAUAUGGCAGAACCGUUAUCCCAAGCACCCACCGCUGCAAAAAUGGCGUCACUUAACCGGGUCCGAGCUUUGGCGAUGAUUUUCUUAACUGUCACUGGCUGCUGUGUCACCCCGACAAGUGCUAAGGAAGGGUCCGAGGAGACCGUCAUCAUAGGGCUCCGACUGGAGGACACGGACGACAUUUCCUUCAUGGAUAAGGGCUACCUGCGGGUGAGUGAGCGCUCUCGGGUAAAAUUAAGAGUGUACGGGCAGAACAUCAACAACGAGACCUGGUCCAAAAUUGCUUUCACGGAACAUGAGCGGAGCCGGGCGGUUGGGAGCAUUGACAGCUCCUCGGGGGAUAACCAGAGCCAGGAGGACUCGUCCGGCUUGCAUCCCUGUGGUUUUAGGACUUCGGAUAUAAUGAUAUUGCCCUACAUCAUCCUGAAUCGAAAGACAUCCGGUAUAGUUGAAAUUGAGGUCAAACCUCUGCGAAAGACGGAGAGGAGUAAAACGUAUUACCUUUGCAUCGCCACCUCGACACCAGCCGUGGCCGGGAUGCACGACCCGCGGACGGAGAACACCUGGAUCUACCACGAUGGGGAUGACACCAAAGUGAUAGUGGUGGAGGAGAAAAAGUUUCUGCUGCCUUUCUGGCUCCAGGUCAUCUUCAUCUCCAUGUUGCUUUGCCUGUCCGGUAUGUUCAGCGGGCUGAACCUGGGGCUCAUGGCUCUGGACCCCAUGGAGCUCCAGAUAGUCCAGAACUGCGGCACGGAAAGGGAGAAGAAUUACGCCAAAAAAAUAGAGCCGGUCAGGAGCCAAGGGAAUUAUUUGUUGUGCUCUCUUCUGCUCGGGAACGUGUUAGUGAACACCACGCUAACCAUCUUGCUGGAUGAUAUCGCCGGUUCGGGCUUGAUUGCUGUUGUCAUGUCCACCAUCGGUAUAGUCAUUUUUGGGGAAAUCGUGCCACAGGCCAUCUGCUCCAGGCACGGCCUCGCUGUGGGAGCCAACACCAUAUUCCUCACCAAGUUCUUCAUGCUGCUUACCUUCCCUGCGUCCUACCCAGUCAGUAAGCUGCUGGACUACCUGCUCGGACAGGAGAUAGGAACCGUGUACAACAGAGAGAAGCUUCUGGAGAUGCUGCGCGUUACGGACCCCUACAACGAUCUGGUGAAAGAGGAGCUGAACAUCAUCCAGGGCGCGCUGGAGCUCAGGACUAAGACUGUAGAGGACGUGAUGACGCCGCUGAGGGAUUGCUUCAUGAUUCCUGGGGAUGCAACGCUGGACUUCAAUACCAUGUCCGAGAUCAUGAAGAGCGGCUACACGCGCAUCCCCGUUUUCGAGGGCGAGAGGUCCAAUAUAGUGGAUCUGCUCUUAGUCAAGGACCUGGCCUUCGUGGACCCGGAUGAUUGCACUCCGCUCAAAACCAUCACAAAGUUUUACAGCCACCCGUUGCAUUUUGUGUUCAAUGACACCAAGCUUGACGCAAUGCUGGAGGAGUUUAAAAAAGGAAAAUCCCACCUGGCCAUAGUUCAGAGGGUGAACAAUGAAGGUGAGGGAGACCCUUUCUACGAAGUUCUGGGUAUUGUCACCCUGGAGGACGUUAUUGAAGAAAUCAUCAAGUCAGAGAUCCUCGACGAGACUGACCUAUACACUGACAACAAGACAAAGAAGAAAAUCACGCAUCGGGAAAGAAAGCAGGAUUUCUCGGCCUUCAAGCCUACCGACAAUGAAAUGAAGGUUAAAAUAUCACCUCAGCUUCUGCUGGCUACCCUGCGUUUCCUAGCAACAGAGGUUGAGCCAUUUGCACCGGUGCAGAUGUCAGAAAAGAUUCUGCUGCGCUUGUUGAAGCAUCCAAACGUCAUCCAGGAGCUAAAAUACGAUGAUAAGAACAAGCGGGCACCAGAGCACUACCUCUUCCACAGGAACAAACCUGUGGAUUAUUUCAUCCUCAUCCUGCAGGGGAAGGUGGAGGUGGAAGCAGGAAAAGAGGGGAUGAAGUUUGAAGCGGGACCAUUCUCCUUCUAUGGGAUAAUGGCUCUGACAGCCUCACCAGUGCCUCUGUCACUGUCUCGUACAUUUGCAGUCAGUAGGGCUGAGUCAUUAGCAGGAUCUCCAGAGAAUAAAUCUCCUCCACGGCCAUUUGGACUGAAUCACUCCGAUUCUCUGAACAGGAGUGAUCGUAUAGAUGCCAUCACCCCGACGCUGGGCAACAGCAACAACCAGCUCAACUCCUUCCUGCAUAUAUAUGUGCCUGAUUAUUCUGUCAGAGCACGCUCAGACCUGCAGUAUAUAAAGGUGACGCGACAACAGUACCAGAACGCUGUGAUGGCGUCGCGGAUGGACAAGACUCCGCAGUCGACGGACAGUGAGUUCACUAAGAUCGAACUCACGCUAACAGAGCUCCACGAUGGAGUGGAGAACCCAGCCGUGGUCACCGCCACGGCUACCACCACUAUCACCACCCCCGCUGUGGCCUUCGCCGUGGCCAAUGAAACGUCCCACCUGCUCAACCAGCAGCAGAACUGUGUGGGUCUUAGCAGGAGCAACCACUCCUCCCACAAUGAGGGACCCAUCUAGCCCCCGCCGAGCCCGGUGGAGACCCAGACCCUCCACCCUGUCUUGUGGACACACACACACACAGUGAUGUAGAUGAAGAUGAGGGAACGUGGGGAAGCGGAGGCAGGUGGAGUGAGGGUUCUGCUCCAAUCAGUAGCCCCCAGUCAGUCAGGCAGUGAGACCCUUUCAUGAAGGGGCUAUGGGGAAGAUGGGUGCUGUGUCACCCUGAACACCCCCACCUGAACGCUGUCAGAAUCCCUGCUGUACUACACCCUUUUCUGGAGGGUGCACUCGGACAGUACCGUGUUACUGAGCUUCGUUUUGUUGGGACAAUCUGACACUGUCAUAGCGGUAUCUUGGACAGAGUGCACACACGCACACACACACACAUAACACAGCACUUGCUGUACUUGCUCCUCAGGCCAAAGACUUUGGUCCCCCCCCUUUCGUACACUGUCAAUGCACACAUACACUCUCAAACACAUUCACAAUCAUGCACAGAAGGAAGUGCAACUCCCCCACCGGUGCAUCUUUCAGGGAGGCUCAGUCAACUGUUGAUCCCAUCAGCAAGGGCUCAAACCCAAACAUGCAGAGAGGUUAGUCAAAGACUGCACCAAAAACCACUUUGAAAGAAACCGUUAAACCACGAACCAAGAAUGUUUUCCUGUAUUUAUUUAUUUUAUAAUAUUGUAUGUAUAUAUGUUUGCGUGAAGAUAUGAUAUAUAUAUUAAAAAACUGGCAUAUGAGCAUGCAUUAGUGUGCUGCAGAAAUAGAAUAUGCUACAUAUAUGGGGAUGAACAUCCAUUCUUGUAUAGUGCAUUCAGAAAGAUUUCACAGCCUUUAAAGUUUUGUUAUUUUAAAGAUUUUUAAAGUGGAUUUAGAUUUUUUUGUCUGACAGUCUACACAUAACAAUAUACCGUGAAGAAAAAUCAAGAACAGGUUACUGAGGUGCUAUGUAAAUUUAUUGCAAAUAACACUCAAAUAUUCCAGGAUAUCAGUAUUCAGAUAACCUUACCUAGUACUUUCCUUAGAACAUUGCAGAGCUUUGGUGUGCACCAACUAUCAGGUCUCUGCAGAGGUGCUGUAUUGGGAUCAGGUCCUGACUUUAGUUGGGCCACUCAACAAAUCCACUACUAUAUGUUACUGAGAUUCUGAGCUCUCUUUAAAAGGUUUUCACUCAGGACUGAACUGGAUAUAAUUCUGCAUCCAUCUUUGCCCAUAUCUUUACUAGCCUCCCAAUCCGUGUCACAGAAAAAAGCUUCCCCAGAGCACGUGUUUGACUGCAGGAAUAGCAUUAACGAUUGUUGCUCAGACACAAUAAUUGUGUCUUGUCGUCUGAGAUCUUGUCAGUUGCCUUUCAGUUUUCCAGAAGUCGAUCAUGUGCCUUUUUAUUAAGGAUUGACUUACAUUUGGCUACUCCACCAUGAAUGUUUGGUUGUUGAAGUGCUACACUGACAGCAAUGUGCACCGCAAACAGCGUGAAAUUGGUCUCAAAGAGGUGCUGCAUCAAAAACCUUGCAAACGCUUUGGCCGCUAGCUGGUUGUUGAGUUCAUAAGAAGUUUGUAUGGAAGACGGUAACUUGUUUGCAAGCAUUCACAAGCUUCUCACUGAGGAGUACUAAAAUUGAAAAGCGCAAUGCUAACUAGAUAUGGAGAACGUGUCCCUUGGGUGUAAAAGUUGCACCUUGCGUUUGAUUGUUGACUGUUGAUAAAGGAAGGAAGCACCAGAGAUCAAGUGUGAGCUUCCAACAGAAAAAUGAAUCAUCUAAAUGUUUUAGUGUUUGUUAGUCCGGAUAAAAAAGACGCUCCUAAAACCUUUUAAGGAGUCAAAACAUGGAAAUCUUGCGAGGGUCUGAAAACUUUCCGAAUGCACUGUAUAUGAGGAGGUGAGGGUAUUUUACAGAAACCUAUGUAUAUUACAGAUCUUGUUAUUUUUACUAUUAUCCUAAAUCAGGCUUAUGGUACAAUAUAUUUUUCACCUUUUAAAAAAAAUCACACUAUUGCCUUUAAGAGAAAUCAUAUAAUUAAUUAUUUUAACAAAGUGCAAUGAACCGCAGUUUAUUUAAGAGAUGAUUAUGAAUAAAAAAAAUUCACUGUACUAUAGAUUUACAGAUUAUAUUUGUAUGUAUGUACUGUAUGUAUAUUUGUUUUUGUCCUAGUCAGUCUCUCUUUACCCUUUGUUUGCUUCAUGUUUUUGCAUCCGUUGACCUCAGACACGACUGCUAGUUUAUUUGGAAGUUAUGGCGCCAAGAUUUGUCACCACAGUGUAGUUUCCGGGGUGGGGGGAGGGGUUCGCAGGUAGCGGAGUUGUGUGAAAGUCCAGCAUCUAUGCAUGUGGGGGUUAUGUGUCUUUCUUCUGUUGUUGUCAAUUUUACGCAUAAUCAGACUUGAUAAUUGCACAGUAUUAAUGACCUCAUCUAACAUGUUGAGCAUCAUCAACGUCACAAAAAGCAACCUCAACAUUAAACGUGUCCAUGAAUGAUACACAGCUAUGUUCUCCCACUUUUUAUGUUGGUUUUCUUUUCUGAACGCGUGUUCAUUGCAUGUCUGUUGAGCUUAGUCUGUUUCUUUAGCCAGAAUGUAAGAGAGCAAAUAUAAGAGGGAGAAACGCACCUUUAUUUUACUGGGCUUCCCGUAUAAUGAAGAGAAAUAGUAUUUUACUUAAUGCAGGUCUGAAUCUAAAAGUAAAAAUGCAGUUUUUAAUAGAAUUUAGACUAAACUAUAAUUAAACUAUAGCCAUAUCUGUUUAUUUCCCAGUUUAGAGAAAACUCGAUAUUUUGCAGCCUAAAUGUAGUUAGCUCACUCUCAUGUUUUCUUUUGUCACUAUUGUGUAAAAAUGCUCAUAAAAAACAAGACAGGCGAAAUAUAUUUCUGUGCAAAAGUCUUGAA